UACAUCUACUUCACAACAUCUGAUCAGUCUACCCUCAUCAAUCACCACUCUCUCUCUCUCUCUCUCUCUCUCUCUCAUCAAUCAACCUGAGAAUCAGAAAACCCUGCCACCAGCAGUAACCAUGGAGUUCUACACAGAAGGUGACAAGUGGAAACAUCCGAAGGAUGAAUCAACAAGUAACAACUAUUCUCUCAAGAGGAGUAUUUCUCAGAAGACCUCUGCCUCCAAGUCUCCAUUUCUGAGGAGUUUUUCACUGAAGAGCUCUUCUUUCAAGUCUCCUCCUCUCUCAUCAAGUAGUUCUUCGCCGAACCCAAUCAAAACCUCUUCUUCUUCUUCAUCUUCUUCUUCUCUAUCAAGGAGUUCUUCACACAAGUGCUCUGAUUUUGCCAAAAAGUGCAGUGGAAUGGCCAAAGAACAGAGGGCGAAAUUUUACAUCAUGAAGCGUUGUGUGAAGAUGCUUGUCUUCUGGAACAACAAGAAUGGUGAUUCCUGAAAGAUUAAUUCGAUAUUUUUUAUAAUUUUUUUUUUUUUUUGGUUUUCUUCUUUGUGCGUGAUGGAUCUUGGGUUUGUAAGUGUUCUGUCAUCCGAUUAAGAAGAGACUGUAACAAAAUUUUCUUGAUUUUCUUUAUGCUUUUGUCUAUAUUCAAUUUUAAGUUCAAUGAUGAAUAGAAAUGUGGGCUGCAAUUGAUGCAUAUUGUGAUAAAAUAAAUAAAUAAAUAAAUAAAUAAUUCAGGCA